GUUUCGUACUGAGGUAAACUAUGACGUGCUGGAGGUGCGUGACGGGCGGUUCCCCUCCUCACCUCUGAUUGGUAGCUACCAGGGUACCCAGGUGCCCCAGUUCCUCAUCAGCACCUCCAACUUCCUGUUCCUCCUCUUCUCCACCGACAAAAGCCACUCGGACAUCGGCUUCCGCAUCCACUAUGAGACUCUACAGCUACAGUCAGAUCACUGUGUCGACCCUGGCAUCCCCGUCAACGGCCAACGCCAUGGCAACGACUUCUACGUGGGUGCCUUGGUAACGUUCAGCUGUGACGCCGGGUACUCCCUCAGCGACCCGGAACCCCUGGAGUGUGAACCAAACUUCCAGUGGAGUCGACCCCUGCCCAGCUGUGAUGCGUUGUGUGGAGGUUAUAUUCAGGGUAACACCGGUACCAUCCUCUCUCCUGGGUUUCCUGACUUCUAUCCUCACAACCUCAACUGCACCUGGAUGAUAGAGUCCUCCCACGGCAAAGGUGUCCAGUUCACCUUCCAUACAUUCCACCUAGAGUCUCCUCAUGACCACCUGUUGGUGACAGAGAACGGCAGCUUCCCCUGA